GAAGGAAAGAGAAAUAAAGCGACAGAGAGGGAGACAGAGAGGUUCAAAUAGUAUUGAGCCGACAUGCAUUCAUUUGCCAAAAUAUACAUACAUGCUUUCUUCGCACUCACCAUCUCAGGCUUAUCUUUUUCUCCUCAUCAAACUCUUAGCUAGUUUUUAGAAAAACCCAAAACUAAACAAGGAAAAUUCAAGAAGAAGAGUUCAGCAGUACAUGAUAUGGAUCCUUGCCCGUUUGUUCGUUUGAUAAUUGAGUCAUUAGCUCUUAAACUUCCAUCAGUAACUAAACCUCCUGGUUCUGGUUCUGGAGUUCACCCUUGUUCAACUCCUUGCUAUGCUAAACUCAAGCUCAAGAAUUUCCUUUCUCAAACUGCCAUUCUCCCUCUCUGUUCCAUUUCUCAAGAUCCUUCUUCUCCGCCGGAGUCUUCCGCCUCCGCCGCCGGGUUCCACCUAGACGCCGUUACUCUCCGGCGUCUCUCUGGAAAGCCUGUUACGUUAAAAGUGUCCGUUUUCACGGGGCGCAUGGGUCGCACGUGCGGUGUUACCAGUGGGAAGCUGCUGGGAUCGGUUCAGGUGAGCGUUAACUUGAACGGGACGCAUUCGAAGUCCAGCGUGUUUCAGAAUGGGUGGAUGAAAUUGGGAAGCGAACCGGCGGUGGCUAUGUUGCACAUGGCGGUUCGUGCUGAACCGGACCCGCGGUUCGUGUUCCAGUUCGGAGGUGAACCGGAAUGCAGUCCGGUGGUUUUCCAGAUCCAGGGGAAUAUAAGGCAGCCGGUUUUCAGCUGCAAGUUCAGUGCUGAUCGCAACAACCGGACACGAUCUCUUCCAACUGAUUUUAACUUAGGCAAUAGAGGAUGGAUGAGAACAUUUUCUGCUGAAAGAGACAGACCAGGGAGGGAGCGAAAAGGGUGGAUGAUAAUUAUCUAUGAUCUUUCAGGGUCAGCUGUUGCAGCUGCCUCAGUGAUCACUCCAUUUGUGCCAUCUCCAGGUUCUGACCGUGUUUCACGAUCAAAUCCUGGUGCAUGGCUUAUCCUCCGGCCUAAUGGAUCCUGUGUUAGCAGCUGGAAACCAUGGGGUCGUCUUGAGGCUUGGCGCGAAAGAGGGCCAGUUGAUGGACUUGGUUACAAAUUUGAGCUUGUUACUGAUAUUGGUCUUACUAGUGGUGUACCUAUAGCUGAAGGCACAAUGAGUAUGAAAAAAGGUGGGCAAUUUUGCAUAGACAACACAAUAAAAGACUCUGCACUGAGUUCAUUGUCGCCUAUUCGAGGAUUUGUGAUGGGAUCUAGCGUGGAAGGCGAAGGCAAACCAAGUACUCCAACAGUUCAAGUUGGGGUACGACAUGUAACUUGCAUGGCCGAUGCUGCCCUAUUUAUCGCGCUUUCAGCUGCCAUUGAUCUUAGCAUGGACGCGUGUCGGCUUUUCUCUCAAAAACUUGGAAAGGAAUUUUGCAAUAAUGAUCAAGAGUCAUUCUCAUAAAUGGAAAAGCUUUUAACCCUGCAGUUUUUGUUCACUCACAUGCAGUAAUGACCAAAGAAUGGCAGCUGGUUUGAGCAUGGAAGAAACUCCUUUACCUCCCCAUGUUUUAUAUAUUUUUUAAUUAAUUGUGGAAAAAAACAUGACUUUUUCUAUACCCGAUUAGAGUGUGAGCUUUGAGUGGCCUGUGAGCUGUAGGUAUAUUUUCCCUAUUUGGAAAGCAACACUUUGUGCUGGCUCUAAUUCCAUUUUGUCCCAUUUCUGCAGAGGUGAGCAUUAUAUAUUUUUUUUCAAAGUAUUUAUUAACAAUGUACAGACUAGGAAUGAGUGAUUUAUUUAUUAAGAUUAUUUCAUUUUUUUUCUUUCCA